AUGGGCAACCGCGGCGGCUGGCCAAACGGCCGCCACCGACCAUUGGCGAUCAGGAGACAAGCCGGGCGGCCCUCAACUGGUCCCCGUGCCCUCGACCUUGUCUCCGUCGCCAACGCUCAUGAAAGAACUACCCAGCAGCCGAUCUCCCUUGCCGCCCGGGGUCUGGACCCGCCGGGUCGGUUCGACUCCUCCUCCUAG